AUGAACUCUGAAGAAAAGAAUGAACUACUCAUGAAUCUUCAGCGCUUUAGCUCUCACAGAGCCAUAGAGAUCGCAAAUGGGAAUUUAGAAAAGCUCAAUCUCUUAUUAGAAAGUUCAGUUAAAUCAACACAGAUUCGUGGGCUUAUCGCUCAAAAUCUGCAAUACACAGCUGAGAAUAACCAAAAUCUCAGAUAUUCGAGUUCUUAUUAA